AUGUCCUCCCCCGUUCAACUAGUAGCCUCUGAGAAGGAUGUCAAGGCGGUGACCAUCUACAAGUCGGACAGGGCUGAGGUGACUCGCAGCUUCAACGUGAUCUUACAGCGCGGUCGCAAUGAGGUCUCGAUACUCGGCCUGUCAAGCGCUAUCGACGUCGACUCGGCUCGCGUCACCGGCCUAGGCGACGCGCGCUUAUUCGAGGUCUCUUGCAAGAUACAAAAGCCCGACUCGUGGGACGUUCUCCCUGAUUCAGCCACCGAACGCAGACGCACGCUCGAAGCAAAGAAGGCCACGCUGGCACAGGAGAAGUAUAAUGCGGAGUCGGUUGCGCGGCUUCUCCGCGAGUACGGGAAGACACUAAACGGGCAGAGCGUGCCUCCUGCGGACGCCGACGCGUUUUUCGACCGCUAUCUAGCGCGCAGCUCAGACCUCGCGCGCACUGGUGCUCGACUCGACGAGGAGAUGCUGCAGAUACAGCGGGAGAUACAGAAGAUCUCCGCUGACGGCUCGGCAAGGAAGGGUCACACUCACGGUCGAGUCACGGCCGUGAUCAUGGCCAAAGCUCAGACCGAGGCUGUCUUAAAGCUUACAUACGUCGUUCGGCAGGCACGCUGGAAACCCUCAUACGAGUUACACGCCCGCUCCGAUCAAGAUGGCAUGCCGGCAUCUUCCGUUGCUCUUCAUUACCGAGCGACUGUCAUGCACACGACGGGCGAGAGCUGGCGCGGUGUUACACUUGUUUUAAGCACAGCGCGCCCGGGCCUUGCAGACGAGUCCAUACCGGAGCUAAAACCAUCCCGACUGGUACCUCCCGCUCCUCCAAUAGGCUAUCCUCAGGCCAUGGCCUUGGCAGGAGCACCAGGCGUAUUCAUACCAGCCCCCCCUUCUCUGACCCCUACACGGUCGCGGUCUCGUUCGCACUCUCCAGUAUCUUUAUUGGCAAGGCUGAGAGCCUCGCAUGGACCAGCCCCGUUUAUCGCUUCAAGUGCCUCGGAAUCAGAGUGGGUGGCUAGUGACGAGGAAGAGCCCGCUUUCGUCACUCCGUCGUCUUCAUUUGAGCCCUCGACUUCCAUCGCGAGGGAGAGCCCUCUGUUCAUCUCGUACAAGAUCGACGGAGAGUCAAGCAUCCCGAGCGACGGCGAGGAUCACACAGUCUCCAUCGCCGAAUUGCCCUUCGAAGCCUCGAUAACGCAUGUCGUUGUACCGAGGAUCAAGGCUGUCGUGUAUCUGGAGGCCAAGGUCAAGAAUACGAGUGACUAUCGCCUCAUGCCCGGUCCGGUCAACAUCUUUUUCGAUGACAGCUUCGUAUCGAAGACCUCCGUCAAGAAUAUCGCUCCAGGCGGCGACUUCACUUGUACCCUCGGGCCUGACAUGGGGACGCGUGUCACAUACAACCGCGUCUCCAAGUUGGAGACCGACGCUCAAGCAAGCCGUUUCUCCGAACAAUACUCAACGACGGCCUGCUCGGCGAGUACAACCAUCGUCAAUACCCAUCCAUUCGCGCUCGCGACGUUCGUCGUGCGAGACUCGCUCCCCAUCAGUGAUGACGAGAAGCGCGUGCGCGUCGUCCUCCGGGAGCCUGCUUUGCUCGCGGAGGCCGAGCAAGGAGACGAGAAGGACGUUGGAGGGCAUAAGGUCCGCUGGGCGGAUACACAGGGACGGAAGGAUGGCCUGUUUGAAUGGGUCUGCUCGGUUGACGCCGGGAAGGAGGUUACAUUGUCGACGGCCUGGGACGUCAAAGCUCCUGCCGAUGUCAAGUGGACUGAAAUUUCUUAA